CGUGGACACGCAUUUCCGGCGACGCCUGGGUACUGACCUCUGCAGAGCCGGGUGGAGCCCAUUGACGUCCAGCGAAGCGAAGAGCAGCGAUGGACGGUCGGGUGCAGCUGAUAAAGGCCCUCCUGGCCUUGCCGAUCCGACCUGCGACGCGUCGCUGGAGGAACCCGAUUCCCUUUCCCGAGACGUUUGAUGGCGAUACCGACCGGCUCCCGGAGUUCAUCGUGCAGACGGGCUCCUACAUGUUCGUGGACGAGAACACAUUCUCCAGCGACGCCCUGAAGGUGACGUUCCUCAUCACCCGCCUCACGGGGCCCGCCCUGCAGUGGGUGAUCCCCUACAUCAAGAAGGAGAGCCCCCUCCUCAAUGAUUACCGGGGCUUCCUGGCCGAGAUGAAGCGGGUCUUUGGAUGGGAGGAGGACGAGGACUUCUAGGCCGGGAGACCCUUGAGCCUGGGGGCGGGUGCUCUGGGGAGGGCCCGCUGUGCUACUGGCCGCCGCCAGGGUCGCCACAGGCGCCCUCCCUCCGCACCUCCCUCCCCCUCGAGCCGCCGCGAUGUCCCCUGCGCUCCUGUCCCCUCCCGCGUAGUGCUUGCCU